AUGGGGAGCUCCGUGUCACAGUUCAUUUCUACAGUCAACCCAAAUCCUCGGACCAAGUCGCCAGCAGAGGAAGAGCUGGGCCGGUACUGGGCUUUCUGGCUGGCGUGGGGAGCUCCGGUGGGGCACAGCCGUGUAGAUGGCCCAUCCCGGUACAGCGCAGCCGUCUCUAACGGAGCAAAUAUCAGGGCAGAGCCGUCCAGCCUCGCGUCUUCGCCCGUCCCGGCGCUCUCCCGGCCCUCCGGGCAGCGCACCGCCUGCCCGCUCUGCCGGGAAGGCUUCGAGCUGAAGGACCUGCGGCCCGACCGGCAGCUGGCCGCUUUGGUGAACUUAAUCGCGCAGGAGGUAAAGGAAGAAGAGUUGGAAACACAGGAUGAACCGAAACCCUCCGGAGCUGUUGCCUGCAACGACCGGAGCUCGGCGGGGCGGCGACCUGGGGAGAAGGAGGAAGAGAUAUAGGACAUCUCCAAGCAACUAGAAAUGACUGCAGAGACCGUCCGCCUCUUGAGGAAAGAUCUCAGUAAAGCAAAGGAAUAUGCAUCUCAGAUCAAAAGCCAGAUUAAAGAUUUCUGUUGCAUGAAGGAAUAUGUUGAAAAACAGGAGAGAAACACACUGAUGUUCAUUGAACAAGAGCAAAAAGCAGCUCAACAGAAAAUUGAAGAGACUAUUCACCAGCUCUGUGUUGAAGUGAACAAGUUCACAGACAUCAAAGCCCAAACGAGUAACUUACCUGAGAGACAUAGGUACAAAGGCUCACCUUCAACAAUGAAUAAAAUUACACUUGAUGAGAAGCUUAAUGUUGUCAAAAGUGCUGUAGGAGAUCUUAACAGAAAGUUGGAAAUUUUACUUCUGGAGAAAUAAGCUCAGCAGUUCCCACCAGUGCAACCUCCAGACUUGUAUCAGGAGACAAGUGUCUGCUCAAUAUCUCCAGAGUCUGCAGCUAAAAACCCAGAACCAAUCAUUUCAAGCCAGUUUUCUCAGUGUAAGUAUGCAAGCCAGCGUGACUCUUCAAUAACAAUAUUCAAGUGAUUAUGAGACUGUGGAUUUGCUGAAGAAAACGGCUUUUAAACAUCGGCAGGAGAUCUGGCUGUUUACCUGAAGCAUAGAAACACAAUGAAGUUACCGUGAUUUAAUCAGUUACUGCAGCAUAAUGCAAUACUACACCUGACUGCAUAUGCAAGAUAAAAAGGAUAAGAAACCUGUUUCAUGGAGGUAUAUAAGCUGUGCUGUAGCUUGUGCUGGCUGCAGAGUCCGAGUUGAUGUAUGGACAGUUAUCACACCUUACUGAUCUUUACUGUGUUAAGCCGUAAUGGCUCCAUUUGUUGUCUGAAUUCUGCAUCACUUUUACAGAAAUAUUUUUACAGUCAACACACAGUACUACAGCUGUAGCUUAAAACACAAAACAAAUGUUUUUGCUGAUAAAAUAUGCAAGAACAUGUCCCAGUGAACAGACGACUAUGUAAGUUUUAUUAAGGUAAGCAUCCCAUUUAUUAUCGGCAAAAGGGUAAUUUUUUUUAUAAGAUUGUGGUUAGGAAUAAGAUCCAUCUUGUAGGUCGCCAAGUACCUUCACCUUCCCACUGGAGUGCAUGAGUCUGUCAU